CGGGUGCGCACAAUCUCUUGACUUGACCCAGAAACAUGGGACGGCUACACUACUCUUGACAUUGCACACAUCUCGACUGCCCUCGCACACAUACACACGUCCACACGACACGCCGCCUGUCCGUGUCGGUGACACCGACGCCAUGUCCUCGACCACACCGACAGGCACAAGCGGCGACAGCACGCUCGUGCCGACGACGGGCCGGCGCCAUGCCUUCUCGCUCAACGCACGCCUUCCGCCAUGGGCGUCCAAGGCGCGUCCGAUGCUCGCCCCGGUCCUCACUGCAUUUUUGAGCUUUGUCUUCGUGGUAGUGCACCCGCUCAACCACCUCGCAGGAGAAUACUCUUUCCUCGUCUACACCUCGGUCAUUCUGUUCUACUUUCCCCGCGGGAGGGUGAGCCAGCAGCUUGAGUCUAACACCGUAAACUUCAUCGGGGCGCUGUGCGGCCUGACGUGGGCCACGAUUGGGGUGGCCAUCGCUGCGUACUGCGGCAAGACGUAUGGCUCCGAUUCGCCACAAGCGCGUGCGGUCCUCGCCGUCUGGCUUGCUAUCCUAUCGGCCGUUUGCGGCUGCCUCCGGAGCUGCUAUCCGCGACUCAACAUUGCAUGUCGAGCCGCUAUGUUCAACCCCAUCUUCCUCUUGACUGCGAGCCAAAGGAUCACCCAGUUCAAAGCGCACCUGUUCCUUGAUCAGUUCUUUGUGACGCUGUUCGCGUACGCCUUCGCCACCGCCUCCGGUGUCCUCUUCUCCGAGCAUUCGUCGUCGCCACUUCUCGGCCAACACCUCUUCAACACGGUGAAGACAGCAUGCGAGCUCAUUCCCGCAUCGUUAGGCACUAUCCUGGAGAUCGAGCCCGAGACCCCACCAGAAGCAAGCAGCAAUAGCAAAGAAGCUUCGGGUACGACAUCGGGAUCAGCCCCAUCGCCAAGACAAGUCGAAGAGUCGCUUGAGAAGCCGUCGUCCCGAACUCGACAACAGAAGCUCGCUCGGAAAUUGCGGGCCGAAAUCGCUACCACUCGUGCCACUCAUGCUUCGUACAUGCUCGACAUCGUCCGCGCUAGACAGAAGCCGGCCGCCCUCGAGCCGAUCAUCCACCUUCUGGCCCGAUUGCAACGCAACCCCUUGCUCGGCCCCACAGGACACGUACCAGGAGAGCGUAUCCGGCAUGCGCUGGAACGCACAUACGCCACUCCGUCGACACGUCCCCCGAGCCGAGCCAGCACGCCACGACACAGCAUGCACCGGCGGCAGGGAAGCCGUAGUCGGAGUGGGGAGCGUCAUCCUCGCGACCUCAUCCCCCACGGGUGGCAGGGCAGUCCGCGAGUCGCCGCAGAUGGCAGUCCAGAGACCGCGGAAGCCACGCCAGAUACCACCGCCAGUGACCACUACAUCGACGGCGUGCAGCUGGCCCAUCACCUGAGUCGCGUCGCCACCCACACCCAGCCGCGACACGCGUCGGGCAAUUCGCGAAACUCGCGUGGUCGUGGUGGACCAUAUGUCGACCCGGCUCGUGCGAAGCUGACCAUGGCGUGCACGGGCCUCAGUGACAGCAUCGUAGCUGCCAUGACCUCGGCCGCGGCCCAAAUGUCCGACGCCUGCGACUGGCACUGGGGAUUGGACGACCACAAGGACCCUGCCGAGGUCAAGGCCCAGCUGCAGACGUCUCUCAAGGAUCUCCAGCGACACCUGAGCGGCAUCAUUGACACGACGGACCUUGGCAAUGAGUUGCAGAAGAGCACGAGCACAGCCACGCUGGCUUCGCGCCUCUCGGCGAAGGGCGUCAUGUGGGAGGACGAGAUCCCAACGGCAGCCGACUGGCUGGACGAGGAGGAUCGCUUCCGCAUCGCCUUCUACAUGAUUGCCCUACUGGAUCUGGCCAAGGACACGCAGCACCUGCUCGGCUAUGCAGUUCAUCUGCGCCAGGGUGCACAGCCCAAGCACUGGAUCUUCCCUGCCAUCAUUUGGCCGUGGACCAAGGCGCCAGAGACGGCCAGACCUUCGAUGGACGGAGAAACAAGAGCCGAGGCGGAGGUAGGGGACGACUACGAGCGUGCGGAGGAUCUCGACUUUGUGCACACGCUUCUGCGCGAGUCGCGCCCAGCGCGUGUACAGACGGAGCCUACACUAGCGGGACGCCUGAUCUCGGCGUGGCGCUCCAUCUGGGAUCGGCAGGCGGUCGUCGUCGCCCGUGUGCUCGUGUCCAAGGCCCUGCACUCGAUGAAGCACUCUCACCACGUGCUCUUCGCGUUGAAGCAAACGAUCGGCAUCAGUCUGCUAUCCGUCCCAGCGUUCAUGCCAGAAGGGAACUCUGGGCGUCAUUGGUACGACAAGUCGCGUGGCCCGUGGAUGGUGGUCAGCUUCAUGUACGUGUUGGAGGUGACCACUGGUGCGACGUUGCGCAUUGGCUUUUAUCGAACCCUGGGGACAUUGAUCGGCGCGGUCGUCGGCUACGUGGUAGGUGUAGCACUCCGGCCGAUUCCACCUGCUAACCAGCAGUGCACUCGCAUCGCUGGUACGAACCCGUACGGCCUCGUCGCGCUCGCUACCGCCUGCGCCGUGCCAAUCUCGUACGGUGUGCUGUUCACGCACGUCGCGCCGAUGGCAAUCGUGACGGGCAUCACCCUCCCUCCGAUCAUGUUCAUCGAGUACCUCGGCCUCUCGGGCGGGCUGUCAGAGUUCACGCUGGCCUGGAUGCGUUUCGUGGACAUUUUCAUCGGCAUCUGCGCGGCCGUCGUCAUCGGGUCGUGGCUGUGGCCCAUCCACGCUCGCGUGCAGUACUUUGGUGCUGUGGCGCAGACGAUGGACCAGGUGACAGAAUACUACCUGCGCAUGAGCCGCGACCUUCUGCGCCCAUCGUUGGUGUACCAGGCCAACAGCAAGCAGUACAGUAUGGUGGAGGCCUCCGUACGGCGCAACAUUGCCCGGAGCCGCACCCUAGUCGAGAUUCAACGGCGAGAGCUGUCCCUCCUGCCGCGACCGGUCAAACUCUAUGCCGAGGUCAUUGACCUAACCGAGCGCCUCAUCGAGACGUUUGGAGAAAUCCGGACACUGAGGUUCAGUCUGCCGCGCAAGGCGACGGUGCUCGAUGUCCUGUCCAGCCGGCGAGAGCUCAUCUCAGCCAUCCUCGUCUGCAUCUGGGCCGUGGGCCAGUCGUUUCGCUCGCGCAGCCCACUGCCCCAGGUCCUUCCCUCCCCUCGCGUCCCGCUCGGCGAAGUAAUGGACGCGACCGACGAGCAUGCGCGGCAGGUGCGAAUCCUACGCGCACGCGAGAACAUGCGCCGGCGGGCUGGUGCCGAGGCAGAGGUCGAGCCGGCAGCCGGCGACGACGAUGGUGGCGAGUCGGCCAACCGCGCCGAGCUGGCCGUGCUCUACGGCAUGGCGGAGAAUGAGGCGCUGGGAGAGGCGAUAAACUGCAUUGACGAGCUGCUGGCCGCAGCGCGCACACUAUUCGGAACACAAUCAUUCCUAGACAUUCAUACAUUGCAUCCGCUGUAACAUUACUGUAUGCAUCAGGCGUGGACGUAA